CGAUCCCUUCAGGCCGGGCCAGGACACACCGACCACCGGGCCAGCCUCCCACCCGCCUGUAGUCCUCGUGCCCGCCUGAAGAGAUUGUCUCGUGGGCCGGCCCAAAGCUGGCCGCCUGGCCUGGGCCGGCCGGUGGGUGGCUGUGACGAAACUGGAAAGCGAUCUCGUGAAAAUCGGGCGUGGGGUCCGAGCUCAGCUAUGAGCGCGUUACGCCCCCAUUUGGAGGGCCCGUUGAGCCGACUCAUCACCCAUUUGACGUCCUUUCAACCCGAAGAAGAAAACUAUGAGCUGUGCCACGCCUUCGCCGUCUCGAAUUUGCUGUAUCACAACUAUUAUGAGCCGCAAGAACGGACCUUACAAGGCCACUUUGAGGGGCUGGCCCAGAAGUUCCAGAUCCAUGUCCAACGAGACAAAGAACAACGCUUGGCCCACCUCUUGAGCGCCUAUCACCAAAGUCCGGUCUUCCAGGCGGGUCAUGCCCAACAUGACAUUCGGAUUCGUCUCUUAGCGUUGCUCUGGCAUCUGGCCGAAAGUCCUUUGCACGCCCCUUAUACACCCGUCGAUUGGGCCCUACCUUCCUCGCCUCAGGCCCCGCCCACCGAUUGGGCUCAGAUCCUGAGUCAAGGUGAAAGGCCGCUUUCGCCUUGGGACGAGCCCUCCGACCUGUCGGAAUGGUCGGAUGCCUCGUCCGAAUCCCAGGACUCGGCGGAACUCUCGGCCCCCGUCCCAGGUCCAGCCCAUAUUCGGGCCCCGGAUGGGCACCCGGAAAGGCCGGCCCCGAGCCCGGAUCUGCCCAGUCAGACCUCGCGUCAAUGGCUGGCCGAUCGGAUUCAGCCGCAGUAUUGGCCCAGCCCGCCCGCUCCGCCCCCCAUUCUCAGCCGGUGGCCAGCCGCUCAUUUUGAAAACACGGUCAGCCAAACCCUGCAUGAGGCCGGUCAACCCGUGACGGUACGCACCCGGUUGAGCGAAUACCAAUUACUUCGGGAAUGUGUGUGGACGGUACGGAGCCCCCAAAGCUCGACCGUGUUCGAAUUGGACUCCACUGGGCAUACUUUCCGGGUUCGACCGCACAUCUGUCUGGCCAGCGUCACGGCCAUGACCUUGGGCCAUGCUUUAGGCUCUUUCUGUACCUUCCUGUCCCAUUUGAAGGGUUUGAUGGACUUUGUCACGAGCGUCCAGCAGAGUCUGUCCGGACCUUUCACCUAUGAGGCGUACGCUAAUGGCCUGGCCGAUACGCUCCACGCCCUGUCCACCACGGUUUUGGGCUUGGAAGAGCGGAUCUUGGGGCAACAGGAGACUUUCACCUUGUUGAAUCUUUUGGACGAGUUGGCAAGUUGGAUCCAAACCAUUCGCGUUUUGCACCAAUGCCAUGUUCGAGCCGUCGAGCCAUCCCACUCGCCCGCCGAGAAUUGGUUCAAAGCUGUGAAGCUGUUGGCCGUGCUGGAGCCAUGUCUGGUCGUGCAGACCAAUGCCGAUGACCUCCAUAUCCUGAUGAAUAUCUUCUUGAACGCGUGUCGACCUUAUUUGCGAAUUAUUGACCUUUGGCUGUCCGAAGGCCGUUUGGAGGACUUCCGCGAAGAGUUUGUGUUCACGCAAGUGGACCCAGUCGAAUCGGAAACCUUUUGGCAGCAGGGAUUCCUCACCCAGCCCUACAAGAAGAAGUUGGCCCAAGUCGGCCUCUGUAUGCCCGAGAUGUUCGAGUUCGUGUUGCCCAAAAUCCUGACCACGGGCAAGAGUAUCGAAAUCCUAGCCGUGUUAGAUAAGAAACAUAGCAUUCGCUCCGAAGCCUAUGAUCGAGACUUUCAACUCAAUCUUUAUGACAACUUCGUCCGCGACCUCAGGUCCAACUUUCAGCCGACCGUGCCACAACCAAAGACCUUGGAGAGUGAUUCAAAUUUAAGCCCUGAAGUGUCCGAGGUUCUGGACUACCAAUCAUUUGAGCAAGACAUGAGACGAGACAAUGCCCAUCUUGAGCUCGAUCCGUAUUUAGCCUUGGCCUUUGAAACAGUGUAUGAAGCCUGCGAAGCCCAGGAUCAACCCACCGAUGACGACACUCGAACUCCAUCGCAACUAAUACCCGGUUUGGACCCGUUGAAACCCAUUGGUAAUUUGCUGAAGAGGAGCUUCCAACCUCACAUUACCAACACAUCCCAGUCAUCUUGUGCUCAACUUCUCCACUUGGUGCUCCACGUUCUCAAUCUUGAGGACCAUCUGUCCUCGGUUCGCCGAGUGUUUCUCCUCGAAGCCGGAGAUCUGAUGUUUGAAUUCACGUCUGACUUGUUUCCCAAAUUGGAUCUCGAUUUGCCAGGCUUGGACUCCACUUCCGUUACAUUGUUCCUGCAGGAUUGCAUCGGACGUCGAUAUCCGGAAGAAGCAGACCGAUUCUCUCUAUUCAUCCCGGAUGAAUUGGAAACCUCCGAGGUCUUUCUCACCGAAUCCGUGUUAUCCUACGACGUUCAAUGGCCUUUAAAUCUAGUGCUGGACCAACAAUCUCUUCGCUCUUACAACGAGAUUUUUCUGUUUCUCCUCAAAGUCAAACGCUCUAUUUGGGCUCUCCAAGAGAUCCAUGCCAAAUCUCUAGCCUCGACCAUGGACGAUAUUGUCCACCAAAACACCAGUUCGGAGGAAGAGAACCUCUCACAAGAGCACACGCGCACGCCCAAUGCUUUGAAAAUGCAUCGGAUCCUUCUGUUACGCUCCUGGUUGUUCCAUUUCCUUGGCAACAUCCACAGCUAUUUCAUGACGAGGGUUCUGCACUCCACUGAAUUGGAGCUCACGGCAGAACUGGCUCAGUGCAAGGAUUUGGAUGAGGUUAUCGCAGCUCAUAAGGGCCAUAUCUCGAAGAUCGUGGACCGAUGUUUCUUGCACUCCUCCGCCAAAAUCCUCAGAGAGGCAGUCAUGAAAGUCAUGAAGAUAUGACUGAUCCUGAAUAAGAUGUGUCAGCCAGGGUUGUCCCAAGUAAAGCUGGACCAUCUAGAAAGUCUGGAAGAGACCUACGCCAGAAGCCAUCAAUUCUUAGCCUCCACCCUCGGGUCCAUGACUCAAAAACGAAACAUUCCGCAUCUGGACGCAUUGGCCACUGCUUUGAUCCAUAGCUGUCCCACUCGUGCUUAAAAAAGCAUGACAUGGAUGUUGUACGGAAAUCUUGUGAUAUUGAUUAAACGUAUGUAAUUGGUUUUGUUGCUGUCAAAGAUUUAAAAAAAAACCACAUAAUUCGCGUCA